UCCACGUUGGGAGAUGGUUAAACUCUGAGCACUGCUACUAAUCCAUGAACCUGUGGCAUUGGAUGACAUCUAUUUAUUUAGAAGAUCAAGACAAGGCAGAUAAAAGGUCAGAUAACGCUUCCAAUGUUUUAUGCAUCACAGCAGUGUGACUUGCCACUUAGAGAGCUGCUAACAAGACUUCUUUAAUGGGACCCCUUGUGACAUUUGCUUCCUGCCUUCCAGCCUUCAGUAUUUCGGCCAUGCCACAAUGGUUAUAAUUUGGAUCUUGUUGCUCAGUUUUUUCGAUCUUGGUCGGCAGGUAUCCUGGGCUAAGGUUUUGUCCAGUACUGCUAAAGUGCCCUGUGCCAGUGGCAAACUGUGUGACCCCAGGCUGAGAAGAGAUGCUGGUGGACGUGGUGGGGUAUACGAACAUCUCGGAGGAGCCCCUCGACACAGAAAGCUUUACUGCGCUACUAAGUAUCACCUUCAGAUCCAUUUGAAUGGAAAAAUUAAUGGAACCCUGGAGAAAAACAGCAUCUUCAGUAUUUUAGAAAUAACUGCCGUGGAUGUGGGAAUUGUCGCCAUCAAAGGAUUGUUCUCUGGGAGAUACCUGGCUAUGAACAAAAGAGGGAGACUUUACGCCUCGGAAAACUACAAUCCGGAAUGUGAGUUUGUGGAGAGGAUUCAUGAACUUGGUUAUAAUACAUAUGCUUCCCGUUUACAUAGGACAGUUCCAAAUGGGGCUGGUGCAAAACAUAAGGCCGGUGCGGAAAGACUCUGGUAUUUAUCAAUCAAUGGAAAAGGACGACCUAGGAGAGGCUUCAAGACAAGAAGAACUCAAAAAUCCUCCCUUUUCUUACCAAGAGUACUGGACAACAAAGACCAUGACGUAGUGAAGCUAUUUCACACAAACAUAAAGUACAGAGAAAGCAUUCUAAAACCACAAAAAAACAAUGGGAGACACAGGAGAGAGCAUUGAGUAGACUAGCACUAUGACGGAAAGUUGUCCUAACAUCUAAAACUCUACUCACUUACAAGGAGCCUGUGCCCGUGACCUUGGACAGCUGUUAGAUUUGUAGAGCAUUUUCUGGAUUACCUCAUGGUUACGGCUGUUUAUUUCAGUGGUCUCUACAAGGUACACGGAUACUUAAUAAUUUAUUCUGGUGUUUCUGGACAUGAAAGAUCCAUCAAUGGACAAUGGCCGGUUUGACUACUCUCAGUUACUGUUUCCAGAUUGCACUAGCCAGUGCCUAGCCUAACGAAUGCGUCUGAUUGUGACUGUACUCUGCCUUCAUCCAGUUGAGCAACCAUGUUCAAUCCUGGCAGCUAGUACAAGUGUACCUAUUGUCUAAAAGCAUUUAUUUCAUGAGAUGAACCAAUAUUUAAUCCAUCAAUACACUCGAAAUAAUCGGCAGAGGCAUUCAUGUGUUAUGCCUCAGCGAUGUCACAGAUAGGCUGUAUCCUCGUAAUUAUUGUCUCAUCUUGCGAAAUAGGUGCUUCCAUUGUAUGGGGACAAUAGGUACACGUUAAAUGCUGUUACUGUAUUCCUCAGUAUUUCUUCUCCUAUCUAAUAUUGACAUUACACUGUAAAGCCAUUAGCUGGACUGUUGUUUGGUCUACCUCACAUUCCAUUAGGUGACUGUAUAUGUUUAUUGUUUUAUGGCCCUAUUAAGCUAAUAAGCAGCUGCAGAAGGGGUUUCCUGUAAAAUACUAACAUUAGACCUCGGAGUUAUGUAUUAAGGGUUGUACAGGAGGGCAAGUAUUAAAAACAUAUAUAUAUUUAUUAAUAUUGAUUAAGUGGAAUCAUUCAACAUAUUUGUGCAAGAACAGUGUUUAUCAUUAUUUAUAAUGUGAAAA